UCAGAGUUAGAAAGCACAGCGGGAGUGUGUUCCAGAAUUGCAAUGGAUAUGGAUAUUGAUAUGUGUUUUAUGUUUUCGGAGGGUUUUUCAAAUGAGCAACAUGAAGGGGCGAUUUCAAAAUAUCUGAGUGUCCUCGAUUCAACUGGGUCUAAUGAAGUAGAGGCUGAUAGUGAUGACGCAACAUCUCAGUAUAGAAAUAUUGAAGGAAAAGAGGGUUCUUCACAGUUUGAGGGUGUUGUUUCUCUAAAGAAUGACCACUGGGGAGCACAAAUAUGGUUGGGGAAUUUCAAGACUAGAGAAGAAGCUCUCAUGGCUUAUCAUACAGCUCAUGUGAAGUUCACAGGACAAGAUGAUCAAAUAAAUUUCCCCUUUACAGAAACUGAGAAACUGUUUCUAGAUUUUUUCACUCCCGAUGAAGUUCUCUGUUUAAUGGAGGAUCACAAUUAUGAUAGAGAAUUAUAUAAACAUAUGGACUACAACACUCAUCGCAGACAUCAUGAGGAUAUGAUUCCAGGAGGCCCCAUGAUCAUGAAUUCUCAUGAAAGGAUCAUAGUAGAUCACAAUACAGAUCAGAAACCCAGCAAUCAUUUACAUGGAUCUGCGCAGCUUGGAAAAAGAAAAGCUAUGGAAGAUGAAAGUGAAAAUAAGUCAGAUGAUAUUGUAAAGCUAUUUGGGAUUGCAAUUGGUACUAAACCAAAAGCAAAAAAGGGAAUGGGGAUUCAGAUUGAUCCGGAAAGGAAAAGAAUAGCAAGAUGGAGAAGUCGAAAUUGAGUCCAAAGGA